AUGGCUGUACGCUCUUCAGAAGGACGCUUGACCCUAUGUCUCCACAUGUACGUCCCGUGCGCGAACUACAUGCCCCAGGCCAAAGAGUUCUGGAUGCACAUGCUGGAGAGCUAUUUCCAAUUCGAGAGAUGGUUAAGCCCGUCCCAGUUUGAGGAGACCUACCAACUCCCCGAGAUCACGGCUGAAGAGUACACGCCGGAGCAGCUGCGGCGCCUGUCACAAGACGGGAGAUUCCCAGUGGUUAUCCGAGGUCUUGUCCAAAAGGCCUCUGCCUGCCAAGAGGCUGAAAAACCAGAGUGGGUCAGGCGCUAUGGUAACUUCACGGUCAUGGCGAUGACAUUAGGGAAGGGUCUGCACUACAAUGAUAGUGAGGUUAAGGUCAGUGAGGACACCAACUUUUCGGAGUAUGUUGCAGGCCUCCAACGGGGCGAAACAGGCAGAUAUGAUGCUGGGAUGGACACAAUGCUCAGCAAUUUCCCCGAGAUUUAUCCAUCCCUGGGCCUCGAUGUGCUUCAGCUAAACGGCUGUCGAUCCCUUUCUUUGCUGGUCAACGGUCCUGGCAAGGGCCUUAAGUGGCACAUGGAAAACCACCCAAACUUGGUGAGCGUGUAUCAUGGGACGAAAGUCUGGGAAUUGAUCAACUACCGCUUCUCGAUUUUCUUGGGGCCGACAAUCCCGAGAGGCAUCGGAUCAUGGGGAUAUCUGCCAGCCAACCAUGAGGUGAUAGAUCGCAUCUACAAGUUUCUUCCCAAAGCCACGGUGCGAUUGAAAUCCGGUGAUUCGCUUUUCAACCCCCCAUGGUCGUGGCAUCGUGUUAGCAACGAGGGGGACACAGAGACGAAUCUCAUCGUCAUGUCCGCCUGCCGCUGGUCUGAUGUUCGAACCACUGUUGGCCUAUCAUCCGCGCUGGAGCUCUACAAGAGCUUGGGAUGGCCAGCCUGGGUCCAUCCAAGCUUGCCCUUGUGGGUUCGCUGGGUCCCUCUUUUCCGCAUUUUUCAAGACGGCGUAAGAGAAAUCGUGGGUUCCAUUCCUUCUUUUGGUGAGACCGGCUAUGACGCCGACUGCUUCAGCAGCAAGCGCGAGGCAUGUGCUCGCGUCAUUAAGUCCCAUGGAUUCAAGCACUGA